AUGGGCGUAACAAUUCCAUUCCGGCAAUCCCUCGUAGUUAUCCCCUUGCUGACAGCGCUAUUGCUGGGUUUCCCCCAGGACGUGUUCCAACCAAAAUACCGCUGGAUCGAGGAGGGUGACGUGAACAUUGGCGCAAUUCUCUCCAUCCACUCCUCCAUAUCCUUGUUUAAUUGUACAGACACCAUUCAGGAUGCAAGGAAAAUCCAGAAUGUCGAAGCUUUGAACUUUGCUAUACAGGAGAUUAACAAGAGAUCAGAUAUACUACCAAAUAUUUCCCUGGGCUUUGUCAUUCUUGACGACUGCCUGUCUCCAUCUAUAGCGUUAGCCCGAGCCAUGCAGUUUAUGCCGAGAGAUAUGCGGGAAGAUGAGGCGCAUGACGAAGACAGCCGGCGUCAUGGGGACCAGCGGGUCUUCUAUGACGUGGUGGGUGUUAUUGGAACAUAUACGAGCAAGUUGAGUAUUAUCGUUAGUAAUGUGCUCAAUCUUUUCGAAUUGCCUCAAAUAAGCCAUACAGCUACAAGCGACGUGUUAAGUGACAAAAGCAGGUUUCCCUACUUCUUCCGUAUGGUUCCGCCAGACAAAUACCAGGCAAAAGCUAUAACUAGCGUGCUUCAUUGGUUUGACUGGUCGCAUGUGGCAAUUGUGUAUUCUGAAGGCAACUACGGACGAGACGGCGUCAAAGAGUUACGUCACAUUUUCCAAACAAUAAAGUCAGGUAUUUGCAUCGAAGAUGCAAUAGAAAUAAAUUACGGCUCUAAGGACACCGAUAUUUUACAGAUUCUUGAAAGACUUAACGGUCUGGUAGACACACGCGUUGUUGUCGCAUUUGUAGAGAUAGAGGAUGCCAUAUCAAUCGUGCAUGCCGUACAAAUUGCUAAUCUUACAGGCAGAUUUAUAUGGGUAGGAAGUGAUAGCUUUAAUCUGGUUAUGACGGAAAAACAUAAUUAUUGCAAUACUUUUUCUGGGUCCUUGUUUGUUCACCCGUUUGCACAAAACAUUGACAGGUUCGGGAAACAUUUGGCAAGUCUGCAUUCAGAAUCAAAUCGUAAUCCUUGGAUUCAUGAAUUAGAUAUAAACAUGCUUGAUUCAAAUGAAACAAAAUCAACAAAGGCACACUCUGUAUGGAAUCAAAUGACGGACAAAGGAAACAUGCAGCCGAGCUUUGUUGAUUCUUUUCUUAUCGAUAGCGUUUAUGCUUUCGCACAUGCUCUCGACAACGUUAUCAAUAAAAACUGUUCGAACGAUUCCAUUACAAUAUCUGACGUAUCAGAAUGUAUUUCACGAAUUGGAAUUUUCAAAGAACUAAAAACGAUCAGUUUUAAUGGUUCACUUGGUGAGAUAGAAUUUAAUGCAUAUGGUGAUGUAAAAACAAAAUAUGCCGUUCAACAGUGUUUCAAUGAUAGUAAUAGCUUACCAGAUGGCGUAGUUUUGAGAACAGUGGGAUAUUGGGACAUGACAGGCGAAGAAUUGUUCCUUUAUACGGAAAAGUUGAUGUGGUCAGCGGAGCGGAGUCCAUUCUCUGCCUGUCCUCGGCCGUGUACAGAAAUACAGGGAACUAUCUAUUACUUUAUGAAGCAAACAUGUUGUCAUGUGUGUAUAACAUGUAAGAUGAACGAGAUUGUGACAGCUAACGCGACCCGUUGUGAGAUAUGCCCGUCCUUAUACUGGCCGGACGACUCCCGCCAGGCGUGCCUCCCCAUACCACCCAUUUUCUUCGGUCUCCAGAACGCCGUUUCUAUCUGCCUAUGUACUGUGGCCAUACUCGGUGUAGUGACUUGCAUCUGGGUCACAGCAACACUCGUUAGAUACCACGAAGAACACGUUAUCAAAUGCUUUAGUGUUGAGCUCAGUGGCAUCAUACUUCUAGGAACACUUAUGACCUAUGGAUUAACCGGAAGUUUUUUGUCGCGACCGAAUACGUUAAAGUGUUAUAUAAACCAUAUUGGAUUCAGCCUUGCAUUUACUGUUAUUUACGCACCCCUCCUUGUGAAAACCAAUCGGAUCUACCGGAUAUUUAGCGCUGGCCGAAGAACAAAUCGCAAGCCGUGUUUUAUCAGCACAAGCAGCCAGGUCGUUAUCGCUGUUUCCUUGAUAAUAUGCCAAGUCGCUAUUGUAAUAAUCGGCACGAGUCUGGAGCCGCCUGUGGUUGCACUGCAGAUGCCGUUGCGGACGGAACGGUUAGUGGAGCUGUCGUGCACGCUGCCACAAGUUGGCCUCCUCGCCUCUCUCUCAUUUAACCUUGUCCUCGUCAUCAUCACGACCUUCUAUGCCUUUAAGACCAGAAAGCUACCACAAAACUAUAAGGAAUCUCGAUAUAUAGCUUUCUGUGUUGAUACAACACUCCUCAUUUGGGUCACUUUUGUUCCGACGUAUUUCACCACUUCACGUGCUGCCGCUAAAACGACCAUUCUAGCAGUGGCGCUGCUACUGAACGCGUCUGUCACAGUUUCGUGUUUAUUUAUUCCACGGAUUUAUUCUCUUUAUAGAAGUCUUCAAGACAAAUCCGGAACUGGUCAUAACUACAAUGACUUUAAAAUAGUUAAGCAUGUUGUGAAGCGUAAACAAUCGAGAGAUUUAAUGAGCAGCGAUUACAGAAGAGAUGCACUGCAUGGUCAUUUAGGUAGCGUUCCGAGUGCGCUUACUGUAACCAGUGACGUGUUUACCUCCCCUCACCAGCCCCGUACCUACACGCCUCACAGGGACAACACCGCCAACAGUCUGGAACUCACCGACCUGGAAGAAACAAUUAGUUGA